AUGCCGGAAGAUUAUGUCGCCGGACUGUGCACACACAUUUUAUUCGCUUUCGGAUGGAUGAACGAAGAUUUUACAGUUAGAGCAUAUGAUACGGCAGAUCUUCCGAAUGAUUGGGCAGGUGACGGGAUGUACAUGCGUGUGAAUGCGUUGAAGAAAAAGGAUCCAGCGCUGAAGACGUUAUUAUCGUUUGGAGGAUGGAGUUUUGGCACAAGAUUGUUCCAAGGAAUGGCUGCAACGGCUGCCAGUCGUAAAGUAUUCAUAGACUCUGCAAUAUUGUUCGUACGCAAAUGGGGCUUUGAUGGUAUCGACCUUGACUGGGAAUACCCUUCUGGAAAAGACGACACCUCUAAUUUUGUUGCUCUGGUUAAAGAACUGCGUUCUGCUUGUGAUGCCGAAAGUAAACAAUCAGGAAGGGAUCGCCUAUUGGUCACUGCUGCAGUCGCGUCUGGCCAACAAACAAUUGAUGCUGGCUAUGACAUCCCUAAUUUGGCGACCUCAUUCGACUUCAUUCUCCUGAUGAGCUAUGAUUUCUUUGGUGCAUGGGCCUCACUCGUUGGAUUCAAUUCACCAUUGUAUGCCACUGAUGCUCUUCCAACUGAAUGGAAAUCUUGGAAUGUCGACUUUGCUGCUCGUCAUUGGCACGAAAAGGGGAUGCCUAAAGAAAAAAUUAUUGUUGGAAUGCCGACGUAUGGAAGAGGGUGGACAUUGAAAAAUGUCAGUGAUGACAAACCGGGAAGUCAUGGAAGCCCAGCAAAGAUCACCAAAUAUGUACAAGAAGCCGGCGUAGGCUCUUAUUUUGAGUUUUGCGAAAUGCUUGCUAAAGGGGCGACAAGGCAUUGGGACAGAGAUACACAGGUACCAUAUUUGGUACAUGGUGAUCAGUGGUGGUCGUAUGACGAUGAGGAAUCUUUCGCUAAUAAGAUGGCUUGGCUGAAACGGGAAGGAUAUGGAGGAGCGUUUGUUUGGACUCUCGACUUUGAUGAUUUUAACGCGAAAUGUAGCAAUUCCAAUGGUCAGCUUUACCCGUUGAUCAGUGUGAUCGCAAAAGAACUUGGCGGAGUUACGAUUCCAAAAGUUACUACGAAAGCUCCAACAACUACCACAACUACUACGUCACGUCCUUCCACUACGCCGGCUCCUCCAAAACCGGGAUUUAACUGUGCAGGAAAGUUAAACGGCCAUUAUCCUUCUACAACAGAUUGCAACAGUUUCAUUCUAUGUUUAGAUGGAUCAGCGUAUACUAUGAUGUGUCCUGCUGGAUUAGAAUAUUCGGCCCAAUUAAAGCAUUGCGCUAAACCCGCUGUUUCAAAAUGUAAAAUUGGAAAAUCUCUGCCAAUUAUAAGAAGUACCGUAAAACCUAGCGUAACAUUAUCAAGGACAACUACGAAAAAACCAACUGCAACUACACCAGAUGAUGACUCAUUCAAAUGUGAGAAGGAUGGCUUUUAUGGGGUUGUUGGCAAUUGCCUAAGAUUCAUCCGUUGUGUUAACGGAAUGUCCUAUAAUUUUGAAUGUCCAAACGGUCUUACUUUUCAUAACGAUUCACAAAUGUGCGAUCGACCAGACGAAAGCAAAUGCGCAAAAUAA